AUGCUCUGGCUCGGUGUCCUCAGCCUAGCUACCGCCGUGCGCGGUCAGAACUAUAGCUUCACCAUGUUACGCUUCGGAUGCUCCAAGGUCGUCAUUGACCGCAUCGACCCGCUUGUAGACCCGGGGCAGGUCCCAUCGCCGCAUCUGCAUCAGGUUGUGGGAGGUAACGCAUUCAACGCAUCCAUGCCGUACGAGGACAUUUCCGGGAUCGCCAGCUGUACCACCUGCACGUUCGACCAGGACUUUUCAAACUACUGGACCGCGAACCUGUACUUCAAAGCUCGCAACGGCAGCUACCACCGCGUCCCACAGAUAGCUAACGAGGUCAUCGGGGACGCCAACGGAGGCAUCACGGUCUACUAUACGGCUCCUGGUCCCAACACCGUGACUGCUUUUAAGCCAGGCUUCCGCAUGCUGUCGGGAGACACCAACAGCCGCGAGUCCAAAGGCCAGGGCAAAAACAUGCAGAGCUGCUUCCGCUGCUACACUGGACCCAACUUUGGUGGCAACAUCUACUCACCCUGCUUCGAUCCGGUGCGAGAUACCGAAGGUCUACCUUCAAAGCCCUGCCCGGGUGGUAUUAGGUCCAGUGUCAUUUUCCCCAUCUGCUGGGAUGGAAAGAACCUCGACAGCCCAAAUCACAAAGACCACGUUGCUCAUCCCGUAGAUGGCCCGGCUUCUUUUGCUCUUGUGGAUGGCCAAUGCCCCGAGUCACAUCCAGUCAAGAUCCCUCAGGUUCACUACGAGAUUGUCUGGGAUACUACCCAGUUCAACGAUGUUUCUCAAUGGCCGGAGGAUGGCACGCAACCCUUUGUGUUGAGUAAUGGUGAUAGCACCGGAUUCGGUCAACAUGGAGACUACCUCUUCGGCUGGAAGGACGACAGCCUGCAGCACGCCAUGGACAAUCAAUGUUUUGGCCCGAGGUGCCAGGGCCUGACGACCCAGACCUUUCCAGUGGCGAACCAGUGCUCAGUCGAGCCUAUGGUGAGCGAGCAGGUAGACGGUUGGAUCGAUUACCUGCCUGGCCAGGCGCCUGCGUGA